AUGAAGGAGACCUUCACUCAGGAGGGUCUUGAUUUGGAUUUGUUGGAACAGCUGCGAAAGCUGUGGUCCUCCAAACUGGCUGAAACUCACGUGGCCGACCCAGAGCCCGUUGUUCAGACCGCGGUUCACUACGCGCAGCGUCUGCAAGCUACGCAAUUUCAGGCAGUUUGUCGGACGAUGGGUUUGUUGGUUAGUACAUGUAAUGCAUUUGCCUGGCGGUGCUUGCAGCAGACGUGCGUGGGUCAGCAGGGAAUGCCGAUUCCCAUUUCGCGGUUGCCCAUCCAGCCGAACUCUUUGGCGGGUGUGAGUGGUGGUGGUGGUGGUGGGAUGCGUACGCUCGCGCCGAUCGCGCGUCCAAAUGCGCCCUUGACGAUGUCUGCGGCGACGCCGACGACAGGUUUGGUGUUACGUUCGGCUGUUGGCACGUCUGUGCAGGCACCCGGGACCACAGCGGGUAGACCACCGAUUGUGUUGGCGGCGGCACUGAACCCACAGGCGGCUGGAGUGCAGCCACGUCUUGCCAACUCUCUUGCCGGCAUCGCAAUUCGUACUCCGCUAGGGGCCUCUGGACCUGGUCAGCCCGGUACGGCCACCACUGCCACAAUAAUUGGACAACCAACGAUGGCCAGUGUCAAUGGUGUUCCCACCAUUCCUGGUCAGAAUGUGCAGAUUCUGCAGGUUGGUCAGCAGACCUUCGUGGUGCCUGUGCAGUUCCGUCAGCCGCUGGGUUCCGCAGCUGCCACAACACAGCAGUUGCACGACGCUACUGGCGCCACUAUCAUAGCUGCAGCAGCACCACAGCAGACGCAACAGCAGUCCUUCAACCGGACACAAGUGGAUGGGGUGGACGACAGCGACUUUGACGAUGACGACGAUGAUGUGGAGGUGGUGGAGCCCUACUCGGUGGAUACGCCGUCACUGCGAGCCUCGAUGAGCGUGACCACUCCUCAGUCAUUGUUCAGUCGCACACCGGGCAGUGCAGUGCAGCUACUGAUGGGCGGCAGUAGUACUGGUGUGGGAGGAGGAGGCGGUGGUGGCGGCAGUGGUGGGACUGGUGUAACUGCCACUCCUGGUGGUGGUGAUGGUGAGGACGACAGUGACGAUGACGACGCGGACAUGGUGGUAGCGACUCCUGGUGUGGCUGGGUCGAUGCUCACUCCGAAUCCUGCUUCUGUGGCUACUGCUGCCUCUACGACUCCUGCUACGCCACACACCAUGCCUACCAGUACCACCACUUCUGCAAGUGCAACUACUACUGCAUCUGCUGCUGCAAACACCUCUAAACGUGCCUAUGACACUGUCACCACUGGUGCUGUUGCCGGUGGUGGUGGUGUUGGUGGUGGCGGUGGUGACCUGUCUCGGCCUCGCGUGGCCAAACGACCUCGUAGUUCUGCACAUGGAGAUGGCAAGGAGUUUCGCGAGUACGAUGACGACCUAGACGAUGACCUUGCGGACGAUGAGGAGGAGGAUGAUGAAGAGGAUGAGGAGGUGGAGGAGGAGGAGGAGGAGGAAGAGGAAGAAGGGGAGUUUGGCUCUGUGGCCACAAUGACACCAGCAGGCCAACGACUGGAGAUGCUGGCGGCAGCGGCAGCAGCGUCGGCAGAGGAGGCGGCGAUGGGCGGACGUUUGGCGUCCAGACGGAAGCAGAAGAUGCCGACAGCAGUGCCCAGUCCUGGAUGGCAGAACGUGAAGACUGGUGGUGGUGGCGAGGACGACCACAUUCCAGACCUACCACCAUCGCCGCCUUCGUCACCACAAACACCUUUCAAUAAUGGUGACGCCAAGGGGAGUGGUGGAACAGGAGAUAUGGAAGGGACGGAGGGUAAGGGGACGGGAUUGGCUGCUGAAGAGGAGGGAGAGGAGGAGCAGCUCAACUCGGGCGACGAUGUGACUGAUGAGGAGUUAGAUUCCCUCUUUGAGUCAGAUAACCUUGUUGUAUGUCAGUAUGAGAAGGUGAGUCAUUCGCGAAGCAAAUGGCGUUUCUGGAUGCGCGAUGGGAUUAUGAAGAUCCGGGGGCGGGAACACCUUUUUCAGAAGCUGUUCGCAGAGGUUGACUGGUAA